AUGAAUGAUAUUAAUUUUUCAUCGAAAAAUGCGUCAACUCGACGCAUUUAUCAACGUCGAAAUCGUAAAAAGAAUCGUACGGAUACAGACGAUAGAUCUGGAGUACAUUAUUUGCCUCUAACAAGAACAAUUAUAACAACAACCACAGCCAAUACCACAUUACUACUCAAUUCAUCAUCAGUUCCCAUAAAUGAUUUAUUUGCUUCAUUAUCUUAUCUUACACAAUAUAAAUAUUUUUUUAUAGUUGGCUUAUUAUUUCUUAUAUUCUUAUGUGUAAUAUCAAUCUUAUUUCUUAUUUUUAUCUUAAAAUGUACAAGAAGGAAAAAUGGCAAAAUUCGUCGACCAGGUCGUCUAAACAAAAAGCAAUUGGAUAAAAUGCCUGAUUUUCUUGAAGAUCAUACUAAUCAUACGAGUGAAACUGCUAUUUUACUUGCCGCAAAAGAUCAAACAAAACCAACAAAUAAUAAUUUACAAAAUGGACCCAUUGCCAAUGAUGAUAUUAGUAAUACAUUUUCCAUUGAUCCAAUGACUGAGAAAAAAAUUAUUGACAAUAAUCCUCCGAAUUCAUCAACGUUAUCAUUAUCACCAAUGGUUGAUGCUAUAUCCAUUGAUACAAUACGUGGUUCAUUGAUUUCAUCACCAUCACAACAAAUAUCGAUCAAUCAACAGCCUUCAACUUUAUCGAAUAUAACAACAACCGAUUCAAAGACGAAUUCCAAUGAUCGAGUUGAUGAAACCGAAAAAGAUGAUUAUCUACGUGGUCUAGAUUUUAAACGUACUGUAAUGCAUUACAAUAAAGCAUCCAAUAACAGUAGUAGUAAUUUACCAAUACAUCGUACAUCAGCUCCAUCAAUAGAACAAACUAUUCGACGACAAGAGCGACGUGCUGAAGACGAAGAACGCGGUUUUCUAUUUGGUUCAAAUUCAAAUUUAUAUGAAAAAGAAUUAAGAAAAGCUGAACAAGCAAAGUUCGCUAGAAAAGAAAAUACGCAUUCACAAGCAUCUCUUGUGUCAAGGACUAGUGAAGAUAGCUGCUAUUAA